CUCUUUCUCCUUGCUGUUCAAGAAAUGUCUUCACUCUCAGAAUAUGCCUUGCGCAUGUCUCGUCUGAGUGCCCGGCUAUUUGGUGAAGUUGCCAGGCCUACUGAUUCCAAGUCCAUGAAAGUGGUGAAACUAUUUAGUGAACAGCCUUUGGCCAAGAGGAAGGAGACUUACGACUGGUAUCCAAAUCACAACACUUAUUUUGCACUCAUGGGAACACUCAGAUUUCUUGGCCUCUAUAGAGAUGAGCAUCAGGAUUUUAGGGAUGAGCAAACGCGUCUAAAGAAGCUUCGUGGAAAGGGGAAACCAAGGAAAGGAGAAGGGAAAAGAGCAGCAAAAAAGAAAUAAUAUCGGCCCAUCGAGAAAGAAAAUUUCCUCCUCAGUGACAGGGAGAAGAAAGUGUAUUAAUCAUCUUUCCACGUGUUGGAGGAAUGUAAUCUUCCUAAGUGAAGGUUAUUUGGAAGAACGCAUCAUCUCCGUGUUGAAGUCUAAUCCAGUUAAAUUGUGACUGAUUUCUUGAACACAUUCUAAUGCAAAACUGUUUUGGCCUUGGCUUUGUAAUCUGAGGUUUACCUAAUUCUCUAAUGAAAUGAAUACAUAAAUUAU